AUGACACCUAAGGAAUUUAUCACGGGUUUUCUCAAGAAAGAUCACAUGGAAUUGAACUACCGGCGACGCACCUGGGGAACAAUUUAUGGAUCCAAUUCGACAAUUGAAUUGGUUUCGGAAAUAGCUAAGAUCUUCCACAAGAAAGAUGCCGCGCGUCAUCGGUGGGUUGAUUUUAUUCAGGCCGAGGCCGUCUUAUUAUGUCGGCAGGAGAUGUCUUCACGGACGACAGGCUCAUUCAUGAGCUCUCAAUUGGUGAAGCGGGAUUUUUUCGGUCCCGAUGCGAAGCAUGCUCGUAAUCUCAAACUUACGACCAUUGAAAGGCCCUUGCUGUACAACAUCAUCCAUGGAAUCAUAUCUCGUGCGGACAAAGAGGAUGGCGACACUAAUGAAGUUUGCGAUGGACCCGACGACCUCGGGGGUAAUAAUACGGAUGACAUGAACAAAACUUGCGAUGCCUCCGAUGACCUCCGUGGGAAUAACGACCCAGUCAUUACUGGGACCUGCGGAACCGAAUUAGCCGAUGGGGUGGACGAAAUGGAACCCGAGGUGUCCUUGAACUCGUGCUCAGGGUCAUUAGAGGAUGUGAUGGCUGAUUACGGCUAG